AUGCUACGCGACAUGUUACAUCCCGCUCUCGAGCAGCAGGCCACCGCAGCUGAACACUCAGCAGGGGGCCAGACACAUGUCAAUGCCAGGGAUGUCCUCAAGGAGUCGUGUGCUGCGGAUGCUGGUCGGUCCCUGAAUGUCGCCAAGCUCGCGUUUGGCGACACGGCGUCUUCCGAAGCGCGCUGCAAACAUAUGUAUCAUGCGUCUGGCGUCCCGGCAAGCAUCCCCAGGAACCGUCCCACACCAAACCCCGACGUCAUCAAUCCCGCAAACACGAGCGGCUCCCAAGACGAGCCUUUGGAAGACGAGAUGCAGAUACCACGGGACACUUACCAUGUGCCGGUCCCGAUCUGCACGGGUCAUCAUUUGAAGAUCCUGGCCGUCCAGGCAAUAUCCCAUGGAUUCGGGAACGAAGCGAAUUGGCUGAGCACCUGUGGGGUGCCGUCGGAGACCCUCCGCUACGGCGCCUUGGGCGCCUGCUGUGUCCCAGUGGCGCGCUACAUUGAGGAAUUAAUCAGCAACACGGAGGCCAAUAAUUAA